AUGGCACUCAUCGGAAUCACCGUCAUCUCGGAUCCAGUAUGCCCGUGGUGCUACAUCGGCUACCGCCGCCUAACCAAGGCCAUCCGCCUAUACCAGAAAACCUAUCCCGGUGGAAGCCAAGAUCGUAUCCGCAUCUCCUGGAAACCGUACUUUCUAGACCGCGAUGCUCCAAUGGAAAGUGUUCCCUACAUAGAGCGAAUGACCCAAAGACUCGGUGCUGAUAAAGUUCCUGCCGCAAAAGCUCGGUUGGAGCGACUAGGCGUACAAGAAGGGAUCCAUUUCAAGUUCGAGGGACGAUUCGGAAAUAGUCUACGUGCGCAUCAAGUGAUGUUGUUGAGCGAGUUGGUUAGUCGGGAAGAAGAGAAUUAUGGACGUGGCGAUCGCGAUAUCGCUACGGCUGUUGCCGAAGGCAUCUUCCGGGCUCAUUUCGAGGAUGAGCUGGAUAUCACUGAUAUUGAAACCCUGGUGCGCAUUGCUGUGUACACUAGUGAGGGGUAUUUGGAGGAAGCGAAAGUCCGGACCUGGCUUGAGCAGGGGCAAGGAAUGGAGGAGGUUGAUGAUAUGGCGGCGAGGGCUCGUCGGGAGGGCGUUCACGGUGUGCCAUACUUUCGGAUUAGCGGAGGAGAGGAUGCUGAAGGUGGGGCGUUGACUUUAAGUGGUGCCCAGGAUGUCGAUGAGUUCCUGAAAGCUCUCAUUGCACAUAAAACAGGAAAGGAACUGGAAUCUGCGGACCAGGAGGCAGGUCAGGCCAUGACUUCGUGUUGA